AUGCAUUAUGCACAGUUUUCUCAGAGAACGACUCAUAUUAUUCUUGUGUCAUUUAAUCCAGCCACAAACUUCACUCUGCCGCCGACGCCCGCCCAUCCUGCUGAUUACCACACGUUCCUGCUCUCUGACGGCUCCGUUGUUUCGUUCAGGGUUAUUCAGAUUGAAAUGGACUUUUAUUCGGCCCAAGCAAACUGCGAGUCGGAGGGAGCUACUUUAGCUCGAAUAACCACCAUCGCCAAGAUGCAGCUGUUCCAACACAUUCUGCGGUCUUGGGGAUCAGUACCAGCCUUAAGAGACCACUGGGUUAGCGGAAUAAGGCCAAUCGUCGCCAAUACAAGUGACUGGAUAACGGAUUUCGGCGAGCCCAUACCUUCUACCCGGGACUUCUGGCAAGGCGGUUCCUUGGACUAUGUGUAUGACAACUGGCUGAUUGAAUAUCCCACAUACCCGAUGGAAACAGAGCCUUGUGUUGUGUUUUAUUUCCCUGACUUCUUCUUGAAUAAUGUUCCGUGUGUGAUAUCCCUUACGUAUUCAAUAUGUGAAAAACCAUAAUUUGAAAAAUUAUGAAAAACAAAAAAUCAUAUAAUGUGGACACUUAUAUAGUUCUACUUAACACAAAUAUUCUGUUAAAUAUAUAUAUUUAUAUUAUUUGAUCAUAAGUUACUGUGCAUGAUGUUUAUAGCGUUAAGGAGUUUCUUUAAAAAAAUUAGCCAUUCAAAUCAUUCAACAAGGCGGUGACCCCAGCUUUAUUCAUAUUUUGUGUUUAUAUUGGUUUGAAUUGUGCUGUAUUGUGCUGUUUUGUAUUGUUUGGGCAAUCGGUCACUUGCCGUAAAUAAAGGACCAUCUAUUUGUUUUAAUUCAUGUGUAUGCUUCCUUCUAUAUGCAUGUUAAAAUGCACUAUCUGAAAAAAUAAACCUCAUUGAUGCAAACCUUCAA